AUGCCUCGCAGGCAAACGCAAAUGCGCGGUCCCAAAGACCGGGACCAGUCCUUGCAGAAAUCGAAGAAGCCCGCACCCAAGAACAAGAAGUCCGGAAACUACCUAAAUGCAUUUGCGAUCGCAGAGAGCGAAAAUCCUGGAAAACUGGGAGUCAAGCGCACCCGUCUAGGCAAGGAGGACGAACCUUUCAAACGCAAGCGACACAAUGCUCGAGAUGCCGACGACUCGGACGGCCCGGAUUACAGCAAGCGCCGUCGCACUGGAGACGAUGAGGCGUCGGAAAUGGACUCGAAUGCUGGUAGCGAUGGCGAAGGACACCGGUGGAGGAUUGGUGAGGUCGGCAGUGACGAUGACAGCGAGUUGGACAGUGACGAAGCCAUGGGUUCCAGUGAUGAGGAGAGGUUCGAGGGCUUCACGUUCCGCGGCAGUUCUACGAUGAAAAACAAACCGAAGCAGAAGGCCCCGGAACGCAAAAAGCGCACUCGCGAAAUUAACUUGUCCGAGGACGCUGAAGUAUCAGAGGACGAGGACGAUCUCGAAGACGACUCGGACGACCUCGGAGAGGAUGCGAUAGACCUGACUACGGCUUGGGAUAUGAACAUGGCAGAGGAAGAAGAGGAAAAGGCUAAGAAGGCCAAGUCUAAGUCUAAGCAAUCGGCUGAGAGCGAUGAAUCGGAAGAAUACGACUCCGAAAGCGAGGACAGCGACUCGGACGACAAUGACGAUGAACUGCCAUUAUCGGGAGACGACAUGGACGAAGAUGAGGUGGAUGAGCAUGGUCUUUCCAAGCUACAGAGCUUUGUCAACGCUAUGAACACCGAGGGUACUACGAAGACAGCACGAAAGACCGGUGGAAAGCAGGAACAAGGGGCCCCUACGGAGUUCGGUCUGACUUCUACGCGAAAACUCACUAUUGCCGAUCUUUUGCCAUCAAUUACAGAUUCUCGCCUCAAGAGUUCCCUCAAGCAUGUCGACGCUACUACGACCUCAAACACGAAGACGUCCGGUGUUCCUGGAAAGCUGGAUGCGCCUCUUGCAAAACGCCAACAGGAUCGGCUGGACCGAGCGGCCGCAUAUGAGAAGAGCAAAGAGACUCUUGACCGCUGGCUGGAGACUGUCAAGGCGAACCGCCGAGCCGAGCAUCUUGUGUUCCCUUUGCCUGAUCCCGAAGCAAACCAGACGCACCGGAUGGGUGCUGCUGAACCGCGCACGGAUCUUGAAAGCACUAUCCAAAAUAUUCUUCAGGAGAGCGGGCUUAUUGAAAAUAAUGGAAAGUCAGCGGAAGAACAGGUGCAAGAGUUUGAAGAACUCCAGGCGCGGAAAUUGCCUAUUGAGGAGAUCAGGGCUCGCAGGGCGGAACUACGGAAGCGUCGUGAUCUGCUCUUCCGGGAGGAAGUACGCGCCAAGCGCAUCAAGAAGAUUAAGAGCAAGUCGUACCGUCGUGUGCAUCGCAAGGAGAGAGAGAGGCUUGAGCAACAGGAACGACAGGCUCUCUUAGAAGCCGGCGUGGACCUGGAUGAAGAGGAGAGGGAGAAGAACGAUCGCCUGAGAGCAGAGGCCAGAAUGGGUUCGAAGCACAAGGAGAGCAAGUGGGCGAAGAGCCUGAAGCAGACUGGUCGGACCGCUUGGGAUGAGGACGCUCGACGUGGCACGCAGGAUCUGGCCUUGCGGGAGGAAGAACUACGGAAGAGGAUCGAAGGAAAGCGCGUCACCAACGGCGAUGAAGACUAUCUUGGCUCAUCCAGUUCUGAGUCCGAAGACGAGGACCCAUGGGAUGAAGAGGCUGGGUCGGAUGCUGAGAAGCGCAAGAUCCGCCAGAAGCUUAGCCAGCUGGAAGGUGACGAUGAUGCUGACACAGAGUUGAAGGGGCCCCACGCCAAGCUCCUUUCGAUGAAGUUCAUGCAGAAUGCGGAUGCUGCGCGUAAAGCAGAAAAUGAUGCUGAAGUUCGCCGUCUCAAUCGGGAGCUCCACGGUGAAGAGUCGCAGUCUGAGGCGGAAUCCGAAGUCGGUCGCCGGAAGUUUGGCCGCAAGAAGGAGGAGGCGAAGACAGCAAAGGAAUCCAAAGCGAAGCUGGCUCGGAAUGAAUUCGAAGAAGCACCGGGUUCUGAUGAUGAGGCUCAGCAAGAGGCGGAUCAAGAGGUCGACAUUGUUGUUGACCGUCCCGCAAAGAAGGGACCGGCAGCCCCCCAGAAUAAGCCUCGUGGUCGUCCUCAGAAGGAAAUCGCAGAAGAAGAAGAUGCUGCUGCUGUGGAGGAGAACCCGUGGCUCGUGCAGACGAACCGCAAUAACCGUCGCGCCAUAGUGAACGACUCACAGCAAACCGUUGACAUCACGCUAGAUGACGCGAAUGCCAGCAGCGGUAAAUCGAAGAGUGCACCCAAAGCCCAAAAGGCAUCAGCACCUAGCAAAAAGAAGGUUGAUGCCGAGGUGUACGGUAGCGACGAUGAGGAGAGCGUGCCGGUGCUUCUCAAGAACCAUGAUCUGGUGAAGAGGGCCUUUGCGGGCGAUGAAGUCGUGCAGGACUUUGAGCAAGAGAAAUUCGACACCAUCAAGGAGGAAGACGAUCAAGUGAUCGACAACACCCUCCCCGGCUGGGGUAGCUGGGCUGGUGAUGGCAUCAGCAAGAAACAGCAAAAGCGCCAGAAACGGUUCCUCACUAAGGUCGAGGGAGUGAAGCCGGAAGACCGGAAGGAUGCCAAGCUCUCCCGGGUCAUCAUCAACGAGAAACGGGUCAAGAAGAACACCAAGUACAUGGCCACGCAGCUCCCCCACCCCUUCGAAACGAAGCAGCAGUACGAGAGAUCGCUCCGUCUGCCAAUCGGUCCUGAAUGGUCUACUAAGGAGACUUUCCAAAAUGCAACCAAGCCACGCGUGAUGAUCAAGCAAGGUGUCAUCAAGCCGAUGGAAAAGCCCAUGGCUUAA